GUCCGCGAUCGCCAGUCUUUUGUGUUUUGUAUACAUUUAAAUUUAUCACCUGCGGAUUGGUGCUAGUCCUUCACGUAAAGUUCCAAAUUCUUUUAAAGUCCUAUACAGUCGGUAUCUAUGCUAUGAUUUCUCUGCUAACUGAAGGGUUGUUGUAAUGACUUCAGAGAGGUAACGUAACGUUGGAAAUCGCCAAGAAAGUUUUGCGUGUCAAACUCAAAGAAGUUGUCGUCAAAGCCGCCCAAGAUGCCUCUGCCCAAGGAGAUGCCAAGAAGCUUACAGAAAAGCCCCAAAAAGCCCAAGGACCAGGAAGAGAUCAGAGUUGUGGAUAAUAGAUAUGUGGUGGAGAAGAAACUAGGAAGUGGGAAUUUUGGGACAGCUUAUCUGGUGAGAGACAUGAAGACUAAAACUGCAGACGGAGAGUGGAAAGUACUGAAGGAGAUCUCAGUGGGAGACCUGGCCCCUGAUGAGACAGUCGGUGCCAUGCAUGAAGCCAAGCUCCUCUCCAAACUGGACCAUCCCGGCAUCGUCAAGUUCCACGACAGCUUUCUGGAGAAGGAAAACUUCUGCAUCGUCACAGAGUUCUGUGAGGGAGGAGACUUGGACAACGUGUUCUCAGAGUACCGUAAGCAGAAGACGACUCCUGCACCUGAACAGGUGAUGGAGUGGUUCAUACAGCUGCUGCUGGCUGUACAACACAUGCACCAGCGCAAGGUGCUGCACAGGGACCUCAAGGCAAGAAAUAUCUUCAUGAAGAACAAUGUGUUAAAAGUUGGAGACUUUGGGAUCUCUCGUAUCCUGAUGGGGACAUCAGACAUGGCCACCACCUUCACUGGUACUCCCUACUACAUGAGCCCAGAGGUGCUGAAACACGAGGGGUACAACUCCAAAUCUGACAUCUGGUCCAUAGGCUGUAUCCUGUAUGAGCUGUGCUGCAUGAAGCAUGCAUUUGAAGGCCAGAGUCUGAUGGGAGUAAUGUACAAGAUUGUGGAGGGGAAGACACCAUCACUUCCAGACACUUACCCCAAGGAACUCAAUGAAAUACUAGCCAGAAUCCUGACUAAGGAUCCCGCCAAACGCCCUUCUGCUGCUGACCUGCUGACCACACCUUACAUUGCCAAGAAAAUAGAGGUUCUUAAGAUUAAAAUGGCUGACAUGAAGAUCACUGUGUCUGUGAAUAAAGUGGAUGCCCAGGCUGAAGCACAGGAUAUCAAAAAGGCACUGUCAGAGAAACACAAGCUGGGUGACAUGAGGAGAGAACAGGAGGCACACCUGACUCCACGGGAGAGGAUGAGGAUCAGGAAACAGCAGAAGGCAGAGGAGGAGGCCAGGAGACUCAAGGUGGCAGCCUUUGUGCAGUACAAUGAAAACCAGCGUCGACAGUCGGAGACCAGACAUUCACACUUCCGCAGCAGUAUAGAUGUAACCAAGGCCGGUCCCCCACCUCAGAGUCAGACAGCCUGGGGCUCAGUCCUUCACCAACAGAACCUGUACAACAUUCCCGACCUGGGUGUCCUUCAUGAACACACCAGAGAACAGCCCCUACAGAACGAGUCCCUGUACCUCACCGCAGAGGAAACUCCCCGACCAAUCACGUCAUUCGAACCUUCCUACAGAGACUUUGAUGAGCAGCCCAUCCCUACGUUAGCUAAGAAAGGCGUUGAGGCCAAGCAGCCGUACCAAAGGUCGUAUUCGGAUGACGGACCGCGGUUGAGGUCCAGUUCGACAGGUCAGCUGGAGGAGAAAUCUGCUGCAGAAAAAAAUAAAAAGAGCAAGUUGAGGUCACGUUCAGAUUCAGGAGACGACAAGCUGAGGUCAAGCUCAGAUUCAGGUACAAGUUCCAGUGGUGCCACGGACAGUCCAAGGAGGGACAUGUUUGAGAUUGCAGAUGAUGAUAUCCCAGAGGAUCCACAGAUGGCAGAGACCUUCUACACUCUGCAUGAGGACUUUGAGUCUUCAGGAAGUUCUGUGGAGGAGGACCUGUCCUAUGGGAGUGAUGGGGAGUUAGAGGGAGAGGAUGACUUUGGUGCUUUGGCCAAUUAUAUGCAGAGUGCCUUGGAUCUUACUGCUGCAGACAACACCACAGUGUCUGAUGACACAGUAUCAGAUGCCUUUGGACCAGCUGUCCGGGACACUAAGAUCAGGAACAUGAGAACGCAAUGUGAGAAAGCUCUAGGAAAAGACACAUUCAAAAAGGUGUACAGGUACCUGAAGGACACCCGCUUCGGUGGCAAUAACGAGACAAUAGAUGAGGUGGACCUGAUGAACGGACUGCGAAAGUACGUGACCAAUCCCAGCGACUGUUUCAUCGUGGACCAACUCCUGUUCCUAGAAGAACAAGCCAAGAUUGGCCAGGCAUGACGGAGGAACUGCUGACUAGAUCAGAUGUAGAUUUUCCUCUAGUAUUGAGGUUGUUCAGUUUUGAGAGGACCAUCACGUCAGCAGAACGUAUUGCACCUGCGCAAAACUCGUAAUGUAUUGUGCAUAGCAUUUUGGCAGAACUUCUCGUAUAUGGUCAAAUUCGCGUAUAUAAGGUUAAGAUCCCGUCUGUAGUUUCCAAACGUUAUGUCAGAAAAGAUGUCUUCUGCAACAGGCAAAAUUCUGAU